GUGAAAUAAAUCAACAUCCGUUUGCCGGGACUUGGUGCUGUGGAAAGCAGCUAAUGCUAACGGGACGUGAAAAAGCUACAUUAAAAUACAUUUUAUUAUUCGUCGUGGAGAAAUAGAGCAACAUAUGGCAUCCCAACUCCCCGUAACGAUCAAGAGUCAGCCGGUGGCCGGCAACCACGCUGCUUUACGGGGGAAGAAACGUCCCAGUAGUCCGGCGGUGUCUGCCGCCGCUGCUCAGCCUUCUAGCGGGGGUAACAGGAGGAAGAAAACUCAAGUAAUCCCAGGGUCACAGAAUCAGAUAUCAACAGUAGAAGCAGUGUGUGAUGUGAAAACAGCCGGAUCAGUGGACAACACACCAACAACCGCCAUCAACACAGAAUCCUCUCCAACCAAACCCCCACCGUUCAAGGACCCUUCCUUCACGCAUUCCGGGAUUGGCGGAGCGGCGGCGGGUAAAAAAAACAGAACCUGGAAGAAUCUCAAGCAAAUUCUGGCUUUGGAACGGACGCUACCUUGGAAGAUGAACGACCCUAAUUACUACAACAUUGAUGCUCCUCCCUCACUGAAACCUGCCAAAAAAUACUCAGACAUCUCCGGAUUACCUGCCAGUUACACAGACCCGCAGACCAAACUACGCUUCACAUCCACAGAGGAGUUCUCAUACAUCCGCCUCCUCCCCACUGAUGUCGUCACGGGCUACCUGGCCCUGCGGAAAGCAACCUGUAUCGUACCCUGACAGCUAACCGGCGUUUUAGUCGUUCAGAGACGACAAUGGAUAACCCGGGUCACAGUGUUUAAUGAGCACUGAAAGACUGGUUUAAAGCACAGUGAGAGAGAGCUCAUCAGCUUUGGUUACCAGUGUUGAUAGAAUGCACACUGCCCCCUUGUGGUUGUCACUUUAAAGUGCAGGUUAUAUUUUCUGUGAAAAUAUACUCUGUAGCAACAUGAAUUUCACGUUCAUGCAUGUAAUACAAGAAAAAGCCAUUUUGAAUUAUAGUACAAGUUAUCAAUAGUUCUACAUGAUUUUAAUUAUUCUUCUAUUUUCUAUGCUGCUUAUCCUCACAGGCACGGUAUGCUGGAGCCUAUGACACCUAACUUUGGGCGAGAGGCGGGGUACACGCUGGACCGGUCGCCAGCCAAUCACAGGGCACAUAUAGACAAACAACCAUUCACACUCACAUUCAUACUAUGGAUAAUUAUGGAGUCGCUAAUUAACCUAGCAUGUUUUUGGAAUGUGGGAGGAAACCGGAGUACCCGGAGAAAACCCACGCAUGCACGGAGAGAACAUGCAAACUCCACACAGAGAUGACCGAGUGUGGGGAAAGACAAAAUAAGAAGCCAAAAAGUUACCACUUCCACACAAAAUAGGAGGAGAACUCGUUCAUUCAUUCAUUUUCUACCGCUUAUCCUCACAAGGGUCGCGGGGGGUGCUGGAGCCUAUCCCAGCUGUCUUCAUGCGAGAGAAGGGGUACACCCUGGACUGGUGCCCAGCCAAUCACAGGGCACAUAUAGUCAAACAACCAUUCACACUCACAUACCUAUGGACAAUUUGGAGUCGCUAAUUAACCUAGCAUGUUUUUGGAAUGUGGGAGGAAACCGGAGUACCCGGAGAAAACCCACGCAUGCACGGGGAGAACAUGCAAACUCCACACAGAGAUGACCGAGUGUGGGGAAAGACAAAAUAAGAAGCCAAAAAGUUACCACUUCCACACAAAAUAGGAGGAGAAUUCAUUCAUUUUCUACCGCUUAUCCUCACAAGGUUUGCGGGGGGUGCUGGAGCCUAUCCCAGCUGUCUUUGGGCGAGAGGCGGGGUACACGCUGGACUGGUCGCCAGCCAAUCACAGGGCACAUAUAGACAAACAACCAUUCACACUCACAUUCAUACCUAUGGACAAUUUGGAGUCGCUAAUUAACCUAGCAUGUUUUUGGAAUGUGGGAGGAAACCGGAGUACCCGGAGAAAACCCACGCAUGCACGGGGAGAACAUGCAAACUCCACACAGAGAUGACUGAGUGUGGGGAAAGACAAAAUAAGAAGCCAAAAAGUUACCACUUCCACACAAAAUAGGAGGAGAAUUCAUUCAUUUUCUACCGCUUAUCCUCACAACGUUUGUGGGGGUGCUGGAGCCUAUCCCAGCUGUCUUUGGGCGAGAGGCGGGGUACACCCUGGACUGGUCGCCAGCCAAUCACAGGGCACAUAUAGUCAAACAACCAUUCACACUCACAUACCUAUGGAUAAUGUGGAGUCGCCAAUUAACCUAGCAUGUUUUUGGAAUGUGGGAGGAAACCGGAGUACCCGGAGAAAACCCACACAUGCACGGGGAGAACAUGCAAACUCCACACAGAGAUGACCGAGUGUGGGGAAAGACAAAAUAAGAAGCCAAAAAGUUACCACUUCCACACAAAAUAGGAGGAGAACUCAUUCAUUCAUUCAUUCAUUCAUUUUCUACCGCUUAUCCUCACAAGGGUCGCGGGGGGUGCUGGAGCCUAUCCCAGCUGUCUUAAUGCAUGAGAAGGGGUACACCCUGGACUGGUGGCCAGCCAAUCACAGGGCACAUAUAGACAAACAACCAUUCACACUCACAUUCAUACCUAUGGACAAUUUGGAGUCGCCAAUUAACCUAGCAUGUUUUUGGAAUGUGGGAGGAAACCGGAGUACCCGGAGAAAACCCACGCAUGCACCGGGAGAACAUGCAAACUCCACACAGAGAUGGCCGAGGGUGGAAUUGAACCCUGGUCUGCGCGCUAACCACUAGUCCACCGUGCCCACCUGUUGCUAAAUAUUAUAUCAGCCUCAAGAACCUUGAUUGGUUCCAUGAAAAUGGCUCAGCAAACCUUGUCUGAAUGUCAAACAAGUAUUUUUUUGCAAUAUCCUUCUCGGGAAUCGACACGUCCAUUUGCUAAGAUUUGAGCCUCUUACUUGGCACAUUCCUAAUGAAUGUCCAGGUGGGCGUCAGCAGCAGAGUGGCUGCUGUCUCGCUGUUUCCCCCCCGCGUCCUAAAGUGAAGCUGAUGGCGGCAGCUCUUUUUUUUAGUACAUCUGUUCACGUUAGAGCAGCACUUUCA